ACAGAGCACCCACACAGGAGCAAAUCUGGUCUGCACAGACGUGGAGCGGAGUGGGUGGCAGGAGCCAGGGAAGACCUUUAACUUCCACCUUCUGUGCCCGGUGGACUACCCUCUUCUGGAAAGAAUGAAGUCUCUGGUCACCAAGUACCCAUGGCCAUUGACCCUGCUGCUGCUGCUGCUGCUGCUGCUGCUGUCGCCGCCACUCACGCUGCAAGGGGAAAAAUGGGAUUACUGGGAUUAUGAAAUGAUGCCAGUCUUAGGUGACUACCUAAGGGAACUCCAUAGCACAGGGCCUACCAAGCCACCUACCAAAGAAAGAAUCAUAGAAAAGAUUAUUGCUGAUCCCGAGCGACCUUUGGUGGGCGAUGAUUACUGCGACACUGAACUCGUGUUUAAAAAUAUUCACAAUAAGCUUCUCUGUUAUUCGGAGUACUACUUCGUAGCUGAGACCUAUCAAGACCUACAAAAGGCCUGCUACGGCAAACAAGUCAAAUGUAAGAAAGGGGCUUCCUUUUGCAGAAGAAGCACGGAAUUAAUGAAAGGAGUGAAGUGUGCUUUAGUAAGCGGAGAGGGGAUAUCGGAGUGCUCAUACGAAAGCGUCUUCCUGACAGGUUACCCAGUUGUCACUUGUCAGUGGGAUGAUGAAACCCAAGAAUUUAUCCCUAACCGUGUACUUGAUAUAUUGAUACCUAGGAGCAGGAAAGUACCAUAGGCCAGGAAUAUGACUUCCCCUGACAUUCCGGGUUUCUCUAAGUAGUUACAUUAGAUACGCUAAGUAGUUAUACUUUAGAUACUGAUGCUGUUAGUUGAAAGUGAGAACGGCGGUUCCAGUCCAUUCACUCUGAUCACC